UAAGGUUGGGUUGGGUGAGUGUCACGACUGUGGGUAGUCUUAAACACCCUUGGCCUUCUUCUCCAAUCAAUCGAAUGACCAUAUAAUUCUCAAACAAAUUCAGCAUUCUCUCUCCCUCUCUUGGUGUUGAGAGGGGCUUAACUCCCUGGAAGAAACAUUGUCACCAAUCACGGCUAUAUAUCAAGCAAACCGGCCACUCCUACAUGUCCGAGCAGUUCGACGCAAGGGUUGUUUGACAGAGACCAACCCUUCGCCGAACGGCGGACGUGGCGCUUCUCCCGCCGAAGGCGGCAAACCCUCCGACCUCCUCUUCCUCGCCGGCGGCGGUUGCUAGCUACGUAGCUUCUAGUUUUUUGUUCCUGCUAUAUUGUUCUAGUGUAUAUUGAAAACAAAAUCAAGUAGUCUUAAAUUGGAAAAAAAGUAGAUUUUUCAAAAUGAUGUUGAGGAUCAAGAGGGUUCCCACUGUCGUCUCCAACUACCAAAAGGAGGAUUCGGAGGACGGCUGCGGCCGCAAUUGCCUUAGAAACUGCUGCCUACCAGGGGCAAAAUUACCUCUCUACGCUUUUAAGAAGGCGAGCAAUGUUGUUAUGGAAAAGGAUUCUGUUGCCACUGAUGAGAAGAAAGAGCUUCAAGCAGACUUCCUGGAUUCUCUUCUAAUUGGGGAGUGGGAGGAUCGAAUGGAGAGAGGCCUCUUUCGCUAUGAUGUCACUGCUUGUGAAACCAAGGUGAUUCCCGGGAAGUAUGGAUUUGUUGCGCAGCUGAAUGAGGGCCGGCAUCUCAAGAAGAGGCCGACUGAGUUUCGUGUAGACAAGGUCCUUCAGCCCUUUGACGAGAGCAAGUUCAACUUCACAAAAGUCGGGCAAGAGGAGGUGCUGUUUCAGUUUGAGGCCAGUGAGGACAAUGCAGUCCACUUCUUUCCAAACAAGCCCAUUGAUGUUGAUAACUCCCCCACUGUUGUUGCCAUUAACGUUAGCCCAAUUGAAUACGGGCACGUGUUGCUCAUCCCUCGGAUAUUUGAAUGCUUGCCUCAGAGGAUUGACCGCCAGAGCUUCUUGCUCGCUCUCUACAUGGCUACUGAAGUCGGAAACCCCUACUUCCGCUUGGGUUACAAUAGCUUGGGCGCAUUCGCAACCAUCAAUCACCUCCACUUUCAGGCCUAUUACUUAGAGAUGCCUUUCCCUAUAGAAAAGGCGUCUUCUAAGAAGAUAACCACAACAAAUGGUGGCGUUGAAAUCUCUAAUAUCCUCAACUAUCCGGUCAGAGGGUUUGUUUUCGAGGGUGGCAAGACUAUGGAAGAGUUAUCCAAUGUUGUCUCGGACUCCUGCAUCUGCCUGCAAGAGAACAACAUUCCCCACAAUGUGCUCAUUGCUGAUUGUGGGAAACGAAUCUUUCUCUUCCCACAGUGUUAUGCAGAGAAACAGGCUCUAGGGGAAGUGAGCUCCGAGCUUCUCGACACUCAAGUUAAUCCGGCUGUUUGGGAGAUAAGCGGGCACAUGGUGUUGAAACGAAAGGUGGACUAUGAAGAGGCAUCCGAGGAGAAUGCCUGGCGGCUUCUGGCAGAGGUUUCCCUCUCAGAAGAGAGGUUGGAAGAAGUUAAGGAGCUUAUAUUUGAAGCCAUCUGCCUCAAUGUUGAGGAUGAAGUUGUCACUCCAAUCACACCAGAUGAGUCGGGUGCCGGCCCUCAAUCUCAUGAAGAUGUCGAUGGCCUUAAGGCCUUGCAACCUGCUAUGGUGCAGGCUGUGUAGCGAAAUUGGUCAUAUUUUGAGUUUGAGCUUGGAUAUAUUAUGUUUCUGCAUUUCCCAUUAUAGUGCCAAACUCUGUUUUGCUAUGUUAUAGGUUAUAUGUAUUUUAAUUUGGUAUGCUAAUUACUUGCAUAUUGUGCCUUGUGAUUUAUGUGCAAUAUACCAUAACAUGUCAAUGGAAUACUACUGAAUUUCUUACAUUUUA